AUGCGCGUGUCGUGGGCCAGGUGGUAUUGGAUAGUUAUCUUCACAACGUGCACCGCGAGGACGGCCAGUGACUGGCUCGACUGCGCCCACAUCGCGACCUGCCGCUGCAAGUGGUCCUCGGGGAAGAAAACUGCCAUGUGUGCCUCUAGUGACCUACGCCGCCCACCUGCUCUCUCAUCUGACAUACAAGUCUUAGACCUCCACGACAACCCGCUAAGAAACCUUCCACAAGAAGUGUUUUACAACAUCGGCCUUCUUAAUUUACAACGGCUAAAUUUACGAGCCACGAAACUUAGAUCUAUCCAUGCAGAUGCUUUUCUAGAGUUGAAAAUUUUAAUAGAAGUCGAUUUAGCUGAUAAUGAUCUAGCUAUCCUUCCAAGGGAUAUAUUCAGAGGCAACGAAAGAUUACGACACGUAGUAUUAAGUAAUAAUCCAUUGACGAUACUUGUAGCGGACCAGUUUCCACCUCUCCCACAUCUACGAAUUUUAUCAUUAGAUGGCUGCAGAUUAAGGACAAUACAAACAAACGCCUUGCGAAAUUUGAAAUCUCUAGAGACAAUAGACUUACGAAGAAAUCAACUUACAUUCCUACGUUUGAUUACUUUUGCCCUCCCUGCUUUAAAAACAAUGCAAUUGUCGGGUAAUCCAUGGCGAUGUGACUGCCGUUUGCGUGAGUUCAAAGAUUGGUUUUUGGAGAGCAAAUUGGGUACAGAGGAAUUAGUUUGUGUAGAACCAUCCCCACAAUCAGGAAAUAAAUGGCGAAAUAUUCCUAGCGAAACUAUGGUAUGCCCCCCUGAAGUAAGAUCAAGCACAUUGAUUGUGAGGGCAGAGGUCGGUUUACCUGCAACAUUUGGUUGUUGGGUACAUGGAGUUCCUAAGCCUAAUGUAACAUGGAUGCUAGAUGGUAUCGAAAUACAUAACAGUACAGUUGACUGUGACAUGGAAGAAACAGAUACAGUUAUUGAAGAUGAUAAUUCAGACGAAAGAGUACCCGGCAGUGUAAGAUGGGUUAAUAUAACGUUAUUAAAUGUCACUUCGAGUGCAGCUGGUGAGUGGACAUGUGUAGGGAAAAGUAUGGCAGGAGAAGCUAGAGCUGUUAUAAGUCUCGUUUUACCAAGAUCUCAAACAGCGACUGCACGAACGGCUCCAGGCAUAUCAGAAUUGCUAGGGGUCGUUUUUGGAGCAUUAGGCGUGCUAGCUGGUUUGGGUUUUAUCGCUGCAGUAGCAUGUUGGCAUUUAAGGAGAAGAACAGUGCCACCAAGUCGUAGUUUUACUGAUCAAGAGAAACGUCUGAUCGACGCUUCUGUAGUUGUAAGUUGCGAUCGUUCUAUCGCUGAUAUGGCAUCGCCUUGUAACUUUGAAUUGACUGAGCGAUCUUUAUCUAUCGAUGAAACUCCUAGAGGAUGUGGUUUUGACCCGGUUCAUAUAACUAUAGAAGGUACACCUGGAGUAUUUCCACCUCCUCCUGCAGAGUUUGCAGUGCCAGUUCCUUAUGGAAAUAUUUUCAUAUCUGUCCAAGUUGCUGGUAGAGGAGAACCUGGCAAAUAUCCUGAUCUACUAAGCAGUGGUGCAACGCUACCUCGCAGGAGUAGAACGUGCUGUAAUGCUUCCGUGUAUGAUAACAUGGGCCCCAGAGUAACAGCAACGGGAAGUUCAACGUGGUCAUUGCCUGGUGCAAGUUUAGAAAACAUGGAAUCCUCUGAAACACCAGUGCUAACAUUACCGCCUCCACCGGCUGACUUUGUCUCCCUU